AUGACUAGUCAAUCAAAGAAGACAGAGGCGAGUGAAGCCCACUUGUGGGAGCUCCAAAUGGUUCGAUCAGAUCUUUCGGACGAAAAUGAUAUUGAGGAGAUUCCCACCAUCAGCGAACUUCUCACGAGAAGUGCAGAAAUUCAGAGAACUUCAGCUUAUCAUGAAGCUCCGGAUGUUCUAGGUCAGUCCAGUACAGCAGCUUCAGCAUUGGCUGGGAGUAAAGGAAAAGCAUCGAUGCAAUUGCUCGAGGAGCACGGUACUCAAAUGGUUGACAUUUAUGUUGGGGAAGAAAAGAUAUUGUUUCGUGUUUACAAAGACAUUUUAUGCAACGAAGUUAAAUUUUUCGAUAGGAUGUUCGACGGAAAUUUCAAAGAGGCGAAAGAAAACACGGCGAUACUCCCAGAAGAUGAUCUUGAAGUCUUCGAUAUGUUAAUGUCCUGGGUCACAUACGAUAAUAAGGUCUGGUCACUUAUGGGUCGAGAUUUUCGCAAAAAAUUGCAUCUUUGGGUUUUAGCGGACAAGCUCUGCUUGACAAGUCUACAAAAUCACGUUAUGGACAUUUGGCGACACGAAGAUGAGGCUUACGAAACUUACUACACAGCUGAGGAGUUCCAAUACAUUUUUGAGAAGACAGCAAACAAAUCAGAACCCCGCCAGUGCGCUGCCCGCAUGCUUCGAUUCCAGUCAUUGCAACCGCCAACUGAGGGGCUCGAGUAUUCGAACGAUUCUCGUGGCGAACCAAUUCCAUUUUCUGAUGUUGAUACGACCUCUCUCACAAAAUUCCUAGCCAAGAACGAGUAA